UGUUUACAAAUCGAACUGAACCGGCUGAGCUCUAGUUCCCGGAGCUGCGCUGGUGGCAGCGGCGGCUGCAUCGCGCUCGGGGAGCCGCACGCGGCCGGUUCGCUCGGGGACCGCGGUGCCUUGUCUUGGGGGGGUAGGGUCUGUCGCCAGAGCCCGGCAGCGAGUGAGGAGCAGCCUCGGCGGCGGCGGCGGCAGUAGCGGCGGCGGCAGCGGAGCUCCGGGGUCUGGGCUGCGGACCGAGGCCAUGCCGUGCCGGAGGGAGGAGGAGGACGACGACGACGAGGCGGCGGCGGCUGGAGAGGAGGGGGAGGAGGACGACGAAGAGGGGGAGGGGGAGGAAGAAGAGAGCUUCCUCGUGCUACAGCAGUCUGUGACUGUCGGAGGCUCGGGGGACGUUGACCGGUUGGUGGCCCAGAUCGGGGAGGCUCUGCAGCUGGACGCGGCGGCGCACGGGAGCCGGCCCGCCCCCCGAGGGCCCCUGGCGCGCAAGCAGCCGCCUCCCCCGCCCCCGCCGCCUCCGCUGCUGCGGCCCCCGGUCCUGCAGCAGCUGCUGCUGCCGCCGCCGCCACCGGGGCCGGCUCCAGCGCCUCUGCAGCCCGCGGGGCCGCUGCAGUGCGCAGGGUCCUGGGCAAGCGACGUGGGCGCCGCCUCGCACCCAUCACCGCAGCCGCUGCGGGUGUCGUCGGGUCCCUGUGCCCCAGGGAGGGCCCCGGGCCGGAGCAGCGCCCCUACCCCGCACGCCUGCAAGCGGGGCUUCCCGCAGCCGCUGCCGGGCCCGUGCCGGCGCGCCUGGCUUCGGGGCGCCGCAGCCUCUCGCCGCCUGCAGCAGCAGCAGCACCAGCACCACCAGUACCGGUACCGAGGACAGCCAGGACUCCGGGCCGGAGAGGAUGACCCCCACCAGCUUCUGCAGCAGCUCGUGCUCUCGGGAAACCUCAUCAAAGAGGCGGUGCGACGACUUCGGAGAGCUGUGGCUGUGGUUGCUGGCGCUGUGGCCCCCACUACCCCGGGCGCCGGCCCCUCGUUCGUCUUUGCCCCAGAGGGUGGGACUGACUGGGACGGGAGGGACUCCAUCUCCCUGCAGCCCUCGACAACCAGCCUGCUCUAACUCGGAGGAAACCUGGGGUAUAGUCCCGCUGACGGCAUCCUGGUCUCCAGCUGCUAGUGAGCCCAGCAGGCCUAGGGGCAAGAAGAGGGGCGUGCGUCUGAGACCCUGGGAGCAGUUGCCCUAGAGACUGACAAGAAUGAACUUGGGGACCGGGGGAAUGGGGUGGGAAGGCAGUGAAAAGGGGCCUCCUUAAUAGGAAGCGAGCAAGGGACCUCCAACUUUUAGGGAUGGGGGAGGGGAAGGAAGAAGGUUAUUAGAAAGCAAAGUUGAUAGGGUGGGUCUGGGUGGUUACCUUGGAUUUUACAGUCGGACCUCAGGAGCCUGAGGGCAAUACCCCAAUCUGUUCGGGAUAAACUAAUAAUAUGGCAGCUACUACUUUCAUUGACUGGGCCUCAUUUUUCUCUCUGAGGUCCAAGGGGUUGGACUAGAAGUAUGAGGAUCCGAUGGGUUCAAAAGCGUACUUUUAUAUAUGAUAACACUUGAAAACUGUUAAUUAUGUGCGUACAUUUCUUUUAUUAUUAUUAUUUGGGGAAAAAGCUUAAGGAAAAUGGUGCUACAAUUGUAUUGGGAAGAAAUAUUGGGUGGAGAAUCAAUUCGGUUCUGGAUGGGUUGAGUGGGACCCAUCCCAUUCUCUGCUGUGAAUGGGCAGUUAGUAGGCUUUUCCUGGGGAAGGAGGAAAGAGAAGAAAGGGUGGGAUUUAACGAGGUGGAGUGGGAAAUAGCUGACAUUAAAUGCUCCUCACAGUCGGAAGAGCCUUUUGAGAAUCUGCCCUUCCAGUCGGUUUCCUUCAAGGUCACUGUUUCCCACAAGCUAUGUUGUGACUCCUGGCAGGAGAGUAACUGUAUCCUGCCUCGUUCUGCUUGUACUCCAAGUGGAGCCCUGUGUUUUGCAACUGCUGGGAGUCUCCUGAGGACAUGCACGUUGUGCCUACUAGUGGGGAGGGGAUGGUGUGUGUCUCCUCUCGGCGCAUACUCCCUUUUAGAGCUCCUCCUGCUGUUGGCCACAGCUCUUGGCCAGGCAUCAAGAUUUCCUAGAAACUGUUAGGAAAAAAAGCGCUCACUUGUGUUUCCUUUUCUUCCACUCUGACCCUCCUUGUGUAGGGCUCUUUUCUGUCUAGUUUCAAGCCCUCCUUUGGGGUUCCUCUAUUGGGAUGUUUGCAUGUGAUAGAAAAUGAGGGCGGGAGGACUUGGAGGAAGGACAUGCAGACACCCAAGUUUCUAAUGGCCCCUCUGGAGCCUCUUGCAAUAAUAGCAGCGAUUCCCUUGAUAGAGGUGGCUUAUUUCCUUUUUUCUCUCCAUAGCUGCUUUUCUUUUGCUAGUGAAUGAAACCAGACUAAAAAUGUGACCCUGUGAAUGGAGGAGCUGUGGGGUUCACCAUUAGUGAAACAUAAUGAGGUGUUGGAAACAUCCUUCAUGUGAUUUAAAGUAGCCACAAAACAGUUGGAGGAGAAUUGAAUGGUUGGCUCAUUCAGAUAUAGUUGUUGACAUAUUGGUGGUCCUGAUUUAUGGGAUUUAUCUUAUAUUGAAAUGACUGAAUAAACCAGUUUUUUGUUUUA